AUGCCAAGCUGGCAAGAAGCUACCGCUGUGGAGAAGCUCUCCUCCCACACGUACUCGUGCACACUGCACGACGAUUGGUGCAUCGGCACAGUUCCGAAUGGAGGAUUCGUUACCGGAUGCCUUCUCGAGGUAGUCAAAGCGCACUUCAGCACGACUCUGGCAGGCCAAAACCAGCCUCACACAAUCGCCCUGCAUGUAGAAUUCCUGCGGCGCACCCAGGCCGGGCCCGCCAUCUUCACCAUCCAGGAUGUGAAGCUCGGCCGCCAGACGACGACAGUGCACGUGAGCCUGCAGCAAGAGGGGCGAGAGGAAAUCGUUGCCUACGUAACAAACUCCAACAUGACCGAGGGAGAUGGCUUCAGCUACGACACAGAGUACAAGCCUUCGCCGCCAAUCCUCUCGGUCGAUCUGUCCAAGCUGGAGCAAGGCACGGAUCCAACCUGGAAACUCGCCACCAACAUGCCACAUGCCAAGUUCCGCAAGGCAAUGAACCAAAUCCAUUUCCAUUUCCCGCAAAAUGGACGCGCUGCUGUCAAUAUAUCCGACCAAUGGGUGUGCUUCUCUGACGGCAGUAACUUUACUGAUUCAUCAAUCGGAUUCAUAGCAGACAUGUUUCCACAGAUUGCCGAAGGCUUCAGAGAGGACAAUGCCAAUCCGCUAUGGUAUCCGACGCUGCUGAUGAACAUCGACAUGAAAAAGGCACUGCCGCCAGGGGGCGUCAAGUGGCUGCUGACUCGGGUCGAGAUCAAGAAGGUAUUCAAGGGGAGAAUGGACCUGGAAGUGUGGGUGUAUGAUGCUGAAGGAGACUUGGUGGCCUUGAGCCAUCACGUUGGCCUUAUUGUCGACGCGAGUAGGAACACGGCGGCGAGGAGGGUCGGCGAUGCCAAGAUCUAG